GGCACGACAGCGGGCACCGAGUCACCAGGCUCGACAGCGGGCACCGAGUCACCAAGCUCGACAGUGGGCACCGAGUCAACUGGCACGACAGCGGGCACCGAGCCAUCAGGCGGAGCAGCGGGCACCGGGCCAUCAGGCGGAGCAGCGGGCACCGGGUCAUCAGGCGGAGCAGCAGGCACCGGGCCAUCAGGUGAGGCAGCAGGCACCGAGGCAUCAAGCUCGACAGCAGGCACCAAGUCAUCUGGCAGAAGAGCGGGCACCGAGUCAACUGGCACGACAGCGGGCACCGAGUCAUCAGGCACGACAGCGGGCACCGGGUCAUCAGGCACGACAGCAGGAACCGGGUCAUCUGGCACGACAGCAGGAACCGGGUCAUCUGGCACGACAGCAGGGCACCGGGUCAUCUGGCACGACAGCGGGCACAGUCACCAAGCCGGACCACGGGCACCGAGGCACCAGGCUGGCCCGGGUCAUCAGGCUGGAUCGGGUCAUCAGGCUGGAUCACGAACACCGGGUCAUCAGGCUGGCGGGCCAUCAGGCUGGAUCGGGUCAUCAGGCUGGACCACGGGCACCGAGGCACCAGGCUGGCCCGGGUCAUCAGCUGGAUCGGGUCAUCAGGCUGGAUCACGAACACCGGGUCAUCAGGCUGGAUCGGGUCAUCAGGCUGGAUCGGGU